AUGAUCACUGCUGGACAACAAACCACCAUCAACGACGUUGCAAUCUCAUUCGAUACUUCCGCUUCGUUCGUUGUCAUAGGCGGCACUACGACUUUUGCGCUCCCUCCACCGAGUUUUGUAACUCAAUCAGAUCCUGCGGUAGUUGGUGGGACGACAGUUGACAUUGGUCAAGUCGCCACACAACUUGACCCAGGAGAAGUGACUUCCAUCAACGACGUUGCGAUUUCUCGAGACACUUCAGCUUCUUUUCUUAUCAUCGGCGGUACCCAAACCGUUCCGCUACUGGAAGCUACUCAGACACCAGGUCCAUCUACAGUAAUCAUAGAUGGAACGACCGUCAAUGUCAGCGAGCUUGCCUCGGGACUGGAGCCAGGCGAGGUGACCAUCAUCGGUACCAUGACCAUCUCACGCGACUCUUCCGCUUUGAUUGCCGGUACCACAACAAUAGCAAUCGAUGCAGCAGCAAGCAGCGUCGUCCUUGGGGGCACAACGAUUGCGCCUGGUUCUCUUCCUUCCGGGGUCUCUUUCAUCCCCGCAACCGAUGGGGGAGGAUUAUUGCUGCCGAACAGUCAAACCCUGAUGCCUGGCGCCAUGACUACUAUCAAUGGCAUCGAGGUUUCACUCACUCCUGGAGAAACACCCGUGGUUGUAGUCGAGGGAUCGAUGUCCAUCACCGCGUCUGUUACCGCGGAUGGCAACGACGGCAACUCUAUCAACAGCGGUAGCGGCGGGCUCGGUAAGCCGACGAGCACCACCACAGGUGUACUAGCGGAUUUCACUGGUGGUGCGAUUGCGAGCGUUCAUGGUGUUUGGGACGCGCUAUGCACAUUGGCCAUGACAAGCUUGUUUUUCGGUAUCGUGCAACGUUUGUUUUGA